UCUGUUUCUUUAAUCGCCUUCUUCCUCCAAAUUCCUUCUCCUUUCUCCUUCCCUUUUUCGGGUCGAUUUGAUUCUUCAAAAUAGCGUGUUUUAGGGUUUGUUCUGCUUGUUCGAUCGCUUCCAUCUCGAUUGCUCUCUCGCCGUGGCUGGCAAUUGACGAGAUUGAAGUCCUCGCCGGGAGUGGCUUCUCCGAUUUCACGGGCUUUCCUCCGUUUUUUUGUGUUUUUUCUUGAACGGAAACUGAGAUCUGUUGCUUCAAGAGAUAGUGCGUUAGAUGGCUGAUUUCCGGCAGAGGGAAGCCGAUCUCGAGUUUCGGCGAGGACUCGAGGAGCUCGUCCGCGGCCACUUAGACGGCUGCAUGGGCGCCGCGCUCUCCUCCUCCUCCUCCUCCCCCUCCUGCGUCGCCUUCGCCGGCGAGGACGAUGAGGAAGGGAAUGCUGCGCGCAGGCGCCGCCGGUCCGACCUCGAGGGCGACGACCUCGCUGAGUCGUCGGCCGCCGCGCGGCGGCAAUCGCGGGUGUUCAGCCGGUGGGUCGCUCGCCAGGCGGAGGAGAUGAUUACCACCAUGGAGCGGCGGAACCGCGAGUCCGAGCUGAUGGCGCUUGCCGGUCUGCACACGGUGUCCAUGCUCGAUCCUUCGUUCCUCAGGGAGUCACGCAGGUCGCCGCCCGCGGACGCCGUGGUGGAACGGCCGGUUGCUGCUCGCGCGUCGUCGGUGCUGCAGAUGUGGCGGGAGCUCGAGGACAUGACCUCUUCUGCAAGGACAGAGCGCAGGGGCACAGUGACAGCGUCUGCGCUAGGCGGUCAGAUUCGCUCUCAGGAAAGGGAUGAGCUUGGUGGCGAGUCGGUUAAUGCAAGAGAGACCGAGUAUAAUAGCUAUGCACAGUGGAUUCGUGGAAAUAUAGAUUCCUCUCCUAUGCGGAAUGCAGCCGAUGAGGAUCACCGGGAAUCCAAUCAGGAACAAUUUCGUGACCAUGGUGAUGAUGCAAGGGAGGGAGUUCGGCAAAUAGUUCGUGGGUGGAUGACAGAGAGUGAGAUCCCAGAAUCUGAAUCUAGGAUCUCACCUAGCAAUGAGACUCAGAGGGCGCAGUGGCUAGGGGAAAUUGAAAGGGAGAGAGUGAGGUUGGUGAGGGAGUGGGUACAGAUGACGAGCCAACAGCAGAGAGAUGCCCGUGCUAGCAGGAGGGAGGACAGACAGAGGGAACGGAAUGGGUCUGCAGAUGUCCAAUCAGAUCGCUUUAGAAGGGAAUCUCUGAGACUGAGAGGCAGGCAGGCUCGGCUUGAGCUAAUCACAAGGAUGGCAUCAGAAAGACAGAGGGAACUUCUGGCAUUGUCGGAGCAUCGUGCAGUCUCACAGUUUGAGCACCGCCAUCGCAUCCAGUCAAUGUUGAGGGGGCGUUUCUUAAGAAAUGGUGUAGUUGCACAGGAUGAUCAAGCAAGGCCACCUUCAAUUGCAGAAAGUGAAUUAGGUCAGUUGAGGGAACACCAACAGGUCUCCGGUCUGAGAGUGGGCUUUCACUUCCAAUCAGAGAAUAUUGUUCACGAUGAAGCAUCAAACCAGCCUGAUCCUUCGGCUAAUCAAAUUGUUUCUGUUACUGAUGAAUUUCAAGAUAGUAAUGUAACAGAUCUACCUAACGUCCACCUUGAGGAGGCACAACCUAGGAGUGAGGCUAAUAGCAUUCAGCAAAUAGCAGAGAGAGAAGGGAUGCUUGACUUGGAGAGUGUCGAUCAUUAUAGUACUCACAACAUGCAGGAAUCUCCCACUGAUGUAGCAGAACUGGAAGAAGAAGAUGCUGCACGUGAUAGAGUAGACUGGGAACCAAAUAUUGAUUUUGGUAUAGUUGGACUGCCUGAAGAAACCAGGGAGCCCAUGGAGGAAAUCAAUUCAAAUUGGCAGGAAAACAUGGAUCAGGACUGGCCUCAGGAGACCACUAGUUAUGAUGUUGGAGAAGAUACUCAUCUACUUGAAGUUCAUGGAGAAUGGCACGAAGAUGAACCUCCUGAUACUGUAGAAGUCUGGCAGGGUGAACAGGAAGAUCCAGCAACAGAUCGAGGGCCCAAUACAAUUAGAAGAGUUGACAGAUUUAUCCCUCCUGAUGACGAAAACAUUUACAGUAUGGAACUGAGGGAACUCCUUGGCAGGAGGAGUGUUUCUAACCUUCUUCGCAGUGGGUUUCGUGAAAGUUUGGACCGGCUGGUACAGUCCUAUGUUCAAAGACAAGGCACAACUGAGUUUGAUUGGGAUCUAGGCAGACCACUGCCUACCCCUGCUCCAGAGGAAGAUGAGGACCAGACAAGGGAUGAUCAAAAUCAGGCUACUAGGAGAUCUAAUGUGUUUCCUGCGCCACCAUUGCCACUAAGGCCACCCCUAUGGAACUCUGGCUUGCAUCAUAACAAUUGGACCAGACAAAACAUGCAUCGUUCAGAAAUUGAAUGGGAUGCCAUUAAUGACUUGAAGGCAGACAUGGCUAGACUGCAACAGGGAAUGAGUAAUAUGCAGAAAAUGCUGGAAGCUUGCAUCGAUAUGCAAGUGGAAUUACAACGUGCAGUUAGGCAGGAAGUUUCUGCAGCUUUGAAUCAAUCUCCCGGAGGAGUCUGCGGCGAGGAACCAUCAGUGGACGGGUUCAAGUGGAAUCAAGUCAGAAAAGGGAUCUGCUGUGUAUGUUGCCAUAACCAUAUCGAUUCUCUUCUCUACAGAUGUGGCCAUAUGUGCACUUGCUCAAUGUGUGCACAUGAGUUAGAACGAAGUGGAGGUAAGUGCCCGUUGUGUCGCGCGCCCAUAGUCGAGGUGGUCAGAGCCUACUCUAUCGUCUAGUGCAAGCGCUACUACUCCAUGAUGGAAAACAAGGGAGGAAUAAGUUUCUGCUGCCAGGUUUUGUACAUGGUAAAUGCUCAAGUUUUGUGGUGUUUUAUCAGCUCAUUGUUCUUUGGUUUUUUUCCUUCUUAUUCCCCGCGGUUUUCGAUUCUUCCUAUAAUUUGUUUUCGUUGAUGUCCUUAGAGCAGCAACAUAUUUCUGGUGGUUUCACAAGUUUUAUCCCCAUUGUUUUUGUGAUUGGUAAGUGUUGUCGAUCCAAAGCACAUUAAGAGAGAAAAUCACUGUCUUUCUGUUUCUCUUAAGAUUAAUUAUUAAAUUGUUGGGAAAAAUAUUCUAAGCCUCUGCCUUAUCAAUUAUAUUGGGAAAAUUGAUUUAGAGGCAA